UUGUCAUGACUACAAUAUUAUAUAAACAAUAUUAGAAUUAGGAGUUUAAUAGAUCACAAAACCAAACUACUUAACCUAAUCUUACUAGUUACUACACUGCAUUUCAACUACACGUUAUAAAUUAUAAAUAAUUCGCCAUUCGUCCAGGGUUCUUACCAAAGAAAAAAAGUAAGAUUUUAUUCAACAGUACUCUUGAACAUGGUCAAUUAGAUAAAAAAAAAUAAAUAAAAUAGACUACCAAAAAUUGUGGUUUCUGUCGUUAGUAUAUUAAAUUAAAACUAUUUACAAAAAUGGAAAAGUCAACCAGUAUUGAUAAUACAACUUUAUUAAGAGAUUUCAAUGAAGCUCAACCUAAUCAAGAGUGGUCUCCUUUUAUAUGCUGUGGACCAUCACAUUUGCCUACGUUCAAAGUUUCGUUAUAUUUAAAUGGUUCUCUGUUUGAUGGUUGUGGCUCUUCAAAGAAAAGAGCAAAAAAAAAUGCAAUAAUGAAUUACAUAUCGUCAUCCAUGAAUUAUAACGCUAAUUCUAAAACCAAUAAUAAUAUAGAAAGUGAUAAAGCGGUUCUCAAAAGAAAACAUACAGACAAUUUGAUGGAAAACAACCCGCCUUCAAAAAAAUUUUCAAUAAAAUCUCAAGAUGAUUCUAUUGAAAACUCAAUUUCAAAAAAACUUGCAAUUGAUUCCCAAGUUGCUGUACAUCAAAUAUCAGCAGUAUGUAUCCUAAAUGAAAUAUUUCCAGGACAAACCUUGACAUAUGAACAUGAACAGUCUCACGGUCUAUUGGAAACAAUUAGUGUCAUUGUUUCUGGUAAUAAAUAUAUAGGUUAUGGGAAAAAUAAAAAAGAAGCAAAAGAAAUUGCAUGUCGUAAUGCUUUAAAAUCUUUGUACGAGUCACAGCCAAUAAAUAAUAUUAAGUACAAAAACCAAAUAGAAAUGUUGCUCACUGAUUAUAGUGAUUCUAAAAUUAUUGAUCAUUUUGCUGGAAUCACAGAUAAAAUAUAUCAAAAAUUAGAAUUUACUGAAAAUAAAUUUAAAGAAUACUCAGUUAUAGCAAGUAUUAUCAAAAUGACCAAAGAAGAUUUGAACUCAGCACAAGUAAUUUGUUUGGCUACUGGUACAAAAUGUUUAUCCGGUAACUAUUUGAGCCUAAUUGGUGAAUCUUUACAUGACUGUCAUGCAGAAAUAUUGACUCGUAGAUGCCUAAUGAAAUACUUUUAUAAAGAACUCAUGGAAUCGGUGAAAGGCCAUCCUUCUAUAUUUAUCUCAGAUGAUAACAAAUCUAAGUUCAAAUUAGCAAAAGAUAUUACAUUUCAUUUAUACAUAAACACUGUUCCUUGUGGUGAAGCUAGAGUUUAUAGCUUCUCUGAUACAGAACACCAGUUGAAUCGAUUAAAUCGUGGUUUACUUCGAUCAAAAAUAGAAAAUGGUGCUGGCACUGUAUCUGUAUUUGGUCGAGAAUAUCAAACAUAUGAUGGAGUUGCUCAGGGUGAACGUCUUGUUACUAUGUCAUGUUCAGACAAACUAACACGUUGGACUGUACUUGGACUUCAAGGAAAUUUAUUAUCAAAUUUUGUUGAACCUAUUUAUUUAGAAUCAAUAUCAAUCGGAAGUAUGUUCAAUAUAAAUCAUAUGAAGCGAACAAUUUAUGGUCGUGUUGAAAACAGCAUUAAUAAAUUACCACAAGAUUAUAAAGUACAAAAACCUCAACUCCGUGGUUAUAGUAUACUUCCCUGUAGAUCUACUACACAAUCACCUCACUGCAUAAAUUGGAUUAUAAACGAAGGAAUUGAAAUUAUUAAAGGAAGUUUAGGUAGAACAAUUGAAAACAAGUUAUCCAGAGUAUGUAAAACCUCAUUGGCUAAUGAAUAUAUUAAACUGUGUAUUGCUUCAAAUAAUUUAUCAACUCUUAUUGAAAAUGAAACAAAUAUAUUUUAUGAUUCAUUGAAAAAAAAAAAUAAAAAUUAUGUAGCUGCUAAAAAUGAAUUAAUAUCAACAUUUAAGUCAUUAAAUUUUGGAACUUGGGUACACAAACCUGAAGAACUUAAAAGCUUUGAAUUACAUAUUGUUAAUGCAAGUAAUAAUAUUAUAUAUAAUCAGAACAAUCAGAGCUGUUAAAAAGUGUUAAACACGCAUGCACUUUGUUGUUAUAUAUAUAUAUAUAUAUAUAUAUAUAUAUACAUAUAUAUAUAUGUAUAUACAAGUAUGAACAUUUGACUAAAUAAAUUAUUAACAAUAUGUAUUAUUUUAAUUAUUUUUUUUAGUUAUAUUUAAUAUCUUUCUCUGUCUUUCUUAAUAAUAUGCAAGGCAGGGCAUUAACGAUUUAAUAUGUUAAAAGAUAAGUUAAUUUUAACUUAUUAACUUAACUAGUUACGUUUAGAUUUUCAUAUCUUUAAGCACUGUUUUUUUUUAUCAUCUCAAUAACAUUCACAAAAAUCGGAUUUUUAAGUUUUGACUGUAGUUUUUAGUCUAGGAAACAAAUAAAAGUUGUAGGGUAAGAUAAAUCAAGUGAAUAUAGGCAGAUAAGUUGGUAAGGGGUGUAAGUGAGGCAUCACUAUCAAGCAAUUUGUAUGUCCAAUAACUAAUUAUUAGACAAUAAAUACCUAUUAAUCAUUGUAUUAUGUUGCAAGAAACUAAAUUAUGAAAUUUUAUAUUGUUUAUUGAUAUUUAAAAUUAUUUGUAAAUUUAUGUUUAAAAUGUUUAAAUACUUUUUCAAAUACAAUCAUUAAUAUUAUUGAA